AAACAUUUCAUUCACAGAUUGUUGUUUCGAUCAGGUGAAUAGAGUAUUUCGAUAAAAACAAAAAUCAAAAUGAAAGUGGUAUUAGCCUUCUUGUUUGCCGCAGUGGUGUGUGCCCAUGCCAUACAAGAUGAUGAAGUGCUCAGGAAAUGGAGCGAGUUCCAGUCCACAUACGGUAAAACCUACAGAUCUCCCGUAGAAGCAAGGAAACGUCUGUCUGUUUUCAGAAACAAUCUGAAUGAAAUUGAACAGCACAAUGCUCUUUUCGAACAAGGCAAAACAACCUACACAAAAGGUGUUAACCAAUUUGCCGACUGGACCAGAGACGAAUUCGUCCAAUAUGUAAACAAAGGACUUGCUACCAAACCAACAGUCGUUGGUUCAAUUUUCAACAGCACCAAAGGAUUCGUUGCUCCUCAGUCAGUUGACUGGAGAACCAAGAACGUUGUAGCUGAAGUCAAAGAUCAAGGUGUUUGUGGAUCUUGCUGGUCUUUCAGUGCUACUGGAUCUCUGGAAGGUCAAUUGGGAAUGAAGGGAAAUUUGGUUUCUCUCAGUGAACAAAAUUUGGUGGACUGCUCUUGGGACCAAGGUAACAUGGGAUGCGGCGGGGGUCUGAUGACUUACGCUUUCGACUACGUGAAAGACAAUGGAAUUGAACGUGAAUCCGACUACCCUUACGAAGAAGUCGUUGCAUCGUGCAGAGCUGAUCCUUCCAAAGUAGUCACCAAGCUCUCCAGCUACGUCAACAUCCCUGCUGGAAGCGAAUCUGAUCUUCAGGAAGCUGUUGCCACCAUAGGACCCAUCUCUGUCGCUAUUGAUGGCACCGAAGAACUUCAAAUGUACGAUUCUGGAAUCUUGAAUGACAUGACCUGCAGUACCAGUACCCAGUCAUUGAACCAUGGUGUUCUUCUUGUUGGUUAUGGAAGCGAGAACGGACAGAACUACUACAUCGUCAAGAACUCUUGGGGAGCAUCAUGGGGAGAACAAGGAUUCUUCAGGUUGACCAGAAACGGAAGAAACCAAUGCGGUAUCGCCAGCAUGGCCACCUACCCUGUUCUGUAAUCACCGUCACCCUACUCUGAAUUUUAAAUUUCAAUGAAUAAAUGAUUAUUUUUGCAUUA